AGACAACAUUUUUUUAUACAGAACAACUCUUCUUGAAUCGAAUAUAUUGAUGGAACUUCAGGACGCUAUAUACAUACUUGAACUUAUACCGAAUGGCGAUUGAGCAGACACCGAUUUAGCGAUAACCAAUCCCGGAAGAAGUGCCAUAUUGCCUAUAUACGACCGACUACUGAACAUAUCAAGACAUCCAGAUGUCGCAAACGGCCAAAAUGGACACCCAUCAUAUCUCUAGCUCCAUCCCCGAAUCCCAGGUCCUCAUCAUUAUGACCGGGGGCACAAUUUGCAUGCAACGCUCCCCCUCCGGCUUCAUACCAGCGCGCGACUUUCAACAGACCUGUCUGGCCAAAAUGCCCAUCUUCAACGACGGCUCACGGCCAUCAGUCAGUAUGGACGUCGUUGUGAAUGCCGCUGGCGAGAAAAGGAAAUAUGCGAGUUUGCGGACACCGCCUAGCUUGUAUGACCGUCAAGUGCGGUAUACGGUCUUUGAGUUUGAGGAGUUACUAGAUAGUAGUUCGAUUGACUCCAAGGGGUGGGCGGAGAUUGCGCAGACGAUUUAUAAUAAUUAUACUCUGUUUGAUGCUUUUGUUGUUUUGCAUGGAACGGAUUCCCUGGCUUAUACAUGCUCAGCGCUCAGCUUCAUGCUCCAAAAUCUCGGCAAGCCAGUCAUUCUAACAGGUUCCCAAGCACCCAUGCUGGAAUUACAAAACGACGCCUCGGACAAUCUUCUGGGAAGUCUGGUUGUUGCAGGCCACUUUAUGAUUCCUGAAGUAUGUCUAUAUUUCAACUACAAACUCUUCCGAGGUAAUCGAACCACCAAAGUCGCCGCGAGCGAUUUUGCAGCAUUUGAUUCCCCCAAUGCGCCGCCGCUGGCUGUCACGACCUCGAUGAGAACACAGGUUAAUUGGGACCUUGUGCAUCGCCCGACGAGUAUUGAGAAUUUCAGUAUUCGGACGAAUCUGGAUACGACUAAUGUUGCAUGUUUGAGGAUAUUCCCUGGUAUCAAACCAGAAAUGGUGGAUGCGGUUUUGCAGUUAAAGGGACUACGUGGUCUUAUUUUGGAGACGUUUGGUGCAGGCAAUGCGCCUGGCGGAAGGGAUAACGCUAUGACCAACGUGUUGGCGAGUGCUAUUCAGCGGGGGAUUGUCAUUAUCAAUAUCACUCAAUGUCUCACUGGCCACGUGAGUCCCGUAUAUGCGCCCGGAAUGACCCUUUUUAGGGCUGGUGUCGUAGCCGGACAGGACAUGACGACAGAAGCAGCAUUGACGAAACUCGCGUACCUCUUAGCACUACCAGACUCAACUCCGGAAUCAAUUGCGCGAGACAUGGCCAUUCCGUUACGUGGAGAACUCACCUCUCACUCCCAGACUGUAUUCCGCCAUCCCGAGGGAGGCCUGUCGGAGCGAACCACGACACUUACUGCAUUGGGAUAUGCGAUUGCCAAAGGCGAUCUUGAAAAGGUCAAAGACUUAUUGAGAGGUGCCAACAAUUGGGUAGUCAACGACAGUGAUUAUUCAGGAAACACCCCAGUGCACAUCGCGGCGCAAUCACCAUCCCUCGAAAUUCUUCGCUACUUCCUCUUGCAAGGCGCAUCGGUGCAUCUCCGCAACAGCGCAGGACGAACACCGCUGUUCCUAGCAGCCAGUGCAAGUCUAACAGACCAUGUUGUGCUCCUUCGCAAAUCCGGUGCUCAUCUGCAUGCGGAUGAGAGAGCGGUAGCAGAGAUGCAGGCGCGCCGACGACCGGGUAUAUGGGCUUUGGCUGGAGUUGGUGCGAGGACUAUGAAGGAACGAGAUGAACUUGACAGUCGUGAGAGUCUGGAAGAUAAUGAGCAUUCUAGUAGUAACGCUGGGUGGAAUAGGAAUGUGCAGGCCAUGGCGGGUUCGGCGCCGGCUUGA